AUGGGAGGCAUAAACAUCAAACACGCAGACAUCAAGGCAAAAUACUUGGAAAUAAAAGAUAGCUGCCCUGCACCAGAGCUCUAUUCAAGCAGCAAACCUUAUUCACUUAUUAUGGAGACUUCCCAGUUUGAUAGCCUCAAACUUGACUCUAGUGGGCCCUCAAGCUUGCUAUCUUUACUGAAAAAUCAAUUUCCAGAAGGUGUUGCUAUCACUGAGCGCUCAAGAUCCGUUGUCGCUAGAAGAGAUAGGUUGCAGUAUUGUGAAACAAAGCGAUAUUUAGAGAUUGCUUUUGACUCAAAGGCAUUGCUCACCCAAGCAUUGUCAAGACCUUUCGAAAUAAAAAGCCAAGCUAUCAAAUUCAGCAAGACUUUAAACAAAGGAAAUGGCGAAGCCUACCAACUCCAUAUAAGUGAUGUUGAACAACUAGGAGACCCCUUGAAGCAUCGAGAUGUCUUGCUGGAAGUUUUGAAUCAGCAUGGAAUGGUUGAAUGUCUUCACCUUCACUACACGAAGGAUGCUAAUUGGUUUACAGGCGAGGGCUGCGCUAUAUGGAUAGGAAAACUCAAUAAAUCUGAACAAAGACUUGCUUUUGAAGACAAGUUGAAGGCAUGUUUCUCGUAUUCAGAGUAUCCGUUAAUCAAUGCUGACAUAGCACGCGCAAGAAACAUCUGA